CUCGAGAAGUAUGCAUCGCGCCAUUGUUAUAAAUUCCCAUAGUGUUGCAUCCAUCUCAUUGGUAUAAAAGGGGAUAUCAUCACUGUCUUGCCUCGGUUGCACAUGUUGGUUCGUUCCUUUUUGGUUAGCAUCAUUGUUAUCAUCGUCGCAUUGUUUGCAUCAAAGUCAUUUCACCAUAAAGUCCUUGCGGGUCUCUCAUCGCUAUUAGGACGUUCUGCUAUUAACAACAGUCUGAACUCAACAACAUCCUCGAUUCUCUCAGACUCAAUGACAAGCUCAUCUGUGAAUCUGUUCAAUUCGGAUAAACCAAAGACCCCUGUCUAUUUCUUCUCCCAUGGAGGGCCUACGUUCAUGUACCCGGAUGAUCCAUUUGGUGAAGCCGGUGCCUAUAAAGCGGUUUCCAAAGUUGGCAAAUUUAUCAAGAAACAGCUGAAGCCAAACUUCAUCAUCGUGGUAUCUGCACACUGGGAAGGUCAAGGACAAAUUGAGAUUGGCGUUCCUAAGGAUACCCUUGGUGGUGACGAUGAGAAUGAACUCAUCUACGAUUUCUAUGGGUUCCCAUCGCACAUGUACAAGGAACAGUUCCACUCCAGGGGAAGCGUGUCCCUUGCGAAGGACAUCAAGAAGUCCUUACAAGAAGAAGGCCUCGAUGCCAAAUUGACACCAAGGGGUAUUGACCAUGGUGUUUGGGUGCCAUUUAAGGUGGCAUUCUCUACAAACAAGGCCAGCGAUGAACACUGGGAUGUCGAUGUCCCAUUGGUUCAAGUUUCUCUGUUACACAGCGACGAUUUCAAAGUCCAUAGAAAAUUGGGCCAUGCCUUGGCCAAGUAUAGGGAACUGGGAGGUGUUGUGAUCUGUUCUGGUAUGUCUGUUCAUAACCUGAGGGACUUGGGAGUGGCUGCUAGCACGGGAAGAACUAUGCCCUAUGUAACACCUUUCAACAAGCUGUUAACAGAUGCGGUUUCCAAAUCCGGCGAUGACAGAUUCGCAUCAUUGGAGGACUUGAAGAGCGAUAGCAAACAGCUCUUGUACAAAGCACAUCCAUCUUUAGAGCAUUUCAUGCCUAUUGUCGUUGCAUCCGGAGCAGCUGAAAAUGAACCUGCAAAGGAAAUCUACAACAGUGCAAUGCUAUCGUUGGGAUGGGGAGUUUACCAAUUUGGAGACUACGUGUCAAAUGACAAAGAAAAAAUAUGAGAUAUCUUCUGAUAAUAAAUAAAUAGUUGUAUAUGGAGAAUAAAUAAGUCACCUCAGGGAAAAUAAGCCAGUAGGGGUGAUUAGACGCUCAGGAGCUUCUUAACCUCGCUUUCAAUUUGGGCCUUGUCCAAACCCUCGAGGUCUUUUUUAACUUCAGCGCCCUUCUCAAAUCUGACAAAGACCAAAGGCUUGGCCUGUUGUGAUUCUCUGAUCAAGAUUGGAAGCUCUGGGUUGGCCUUGUUGAGAGCCGGAUAUGAACUCACCAAGAAGGAUCUGUUGU